GAUGCCGAGCUGAACUGCCAUGGAGGCGGCGGCGCGGAGGCGGCAGCUCCCGGGAGCAGCGAGCGGCCCCGGUGCCACGUUCGUGCAAGCCAGGCAUGGCUCCGUAAAGGCCGAGGAGACAGACCGCACGGCUCCCUUCCACUUUGACCUCUGGUUCUACUUCACAGUGCAGAACUGGGUCCUCGACUUUGGCCGCCCCAUUGCCAUGUUGGUGUUCCCACUCCAGUGGUUUCCGCUCAACAAGCCAAGUGUUGGGGACUACUUCCACAUGGCCUACAAUGUCAUCACACCCUUCCUUCUGCUCAAGCUCAUUGAACGGUCUCCUCGCACGCUGCCGAGAUCUAUAAUCUACGUCAGCAUCAUCACUUUCAUCAUGGGAGCCAGCAUUCACCUGGUGGGCGACUCCGUCAACCAUCGCCUGCUCUUCAGUGGGUACCAGCACCACCUGUCCGUCAGAGAGAACCCCAUCAUCAAGAAUCUCAAGCCAGAGACGCUGAUCGACUCCUUUGAGCUGCUCUACUACUAUGACGAGUACCUGGGCCACUCCAUGUGGUACAUUCCCUUCUUCCUCAUCCUCUUCAUGUACUUCAGUGGCUGUUUUACUACCGCCAAGGCUGAGAGCCACAUGCCAGGGCCUGCCCUGCUCCUGGUGGUGCCCAGUGGUCUGUACUAUUGGUACCUGGUCACCGAGGGCCAGAUCUUCAUUCUCUUUAUCUUCACCUUCUUUGCCAUGCUGGCUCUCGUCUUGCACCAGAAGCGCAGGCUCCUCUUCCUGGACAGCAACGGCCUCUUCCUCUUCUAUUCCUUCGCCCUCACCCUCUCACUGGUGGCUCUGUGGGUUGCUUGGCUGUGGAAUGACCCUGUACUCAGAAAGAAGUACCCUGGCGUCAUCUACGUCCCUGAGCCAUGGGCCUUCUACACGCUCCAUGUCAGCAGUCAGCACUGAGUCUCCCUGGGCGUAACAGGCUAUGGCAUUUGUGCAUAUGUGCAUUUGUGCACUGCACAGGGACUGACAUUGUUCAUUGUUGAGAGACGCAGCUGUUUUGGUCAGGGUUGGUUUUUUGUUUGUUGCUUUGGACUUAAGAUGGAAUUUAGUUUGGGAAAGUAUAUGAAGGCCAAGAUCCUGGUCCCUGCCCUCCCUCCCCUGAAUUUCACUACUACUAGAGAUAACAUUCCUAUCUCUCAGGACUGGGUUGGCCUUAUGGAAAUGUCUUCUGGUGGCCAUGCAGGUGAGGGCUGGGCAGGGCAGAAGCAGGAGGCUCUGCCACCCACUCAGAAGCUGGAUCACCCUGAAGCCACCUGCCUCCAGACCUAAAGGACACAACUUCUGUCCUUUGAACACAGUAUUUCCAUCUCUGGGCUUCCUUUGUCCUAGAGGGCUCCAUGCUCCCCAAGUGGCUCUGGACUGGAUGUUACUGGUUACCCUGGGACAGCCUUAGUAAGGCCUCAGCAAGGAAGAGUGCUUCUGUCUGUUACCGUGUCCCCACGCUCAGCCUAGUGGGCUAUGCUCCUCCCACUCUUAUCCAGCCUCGAACCCCACUCACAAGCUGCUGAGAACCCAGUCUCCAGGGAGCCAGAGGCCCAGCUCCAGGUCGGUAUCAGCUGAACUCUGGAAACCAGCCUGGGUUUUGAACUACAUGGAAGACAGAGAUCUCAAGUCCUUGUUUUAUAGAUUCCUGAGACCCAUUGUAAGGGUCUGGGAUGUUACAAAUCUCUCUCUCAAGACAUCACAUCUCAACUUGAAUCUCUCACUGCCUGCCUGGUGCCUUUGUUCCCAGCAUGGUGACUCCUGCCUGUCCCCAACCCACCUCCUCCCAGGCCUCAGAUACAGGUCUCCCUCACAGCACUGCCCUGUGCUGUGAGUCUUGGGGACAUUCCUACUAUGCAUUCUUUUCUGUUGCUCUCAGGGAACACUGGGCCUGAUUCUUCUCUUUUGUUGUGAUCUUUCUAUAGGCUGGCCCAUGCUGGGCCGCGAGAGGUCUGAAUAAAGGCAGUGUGGCCUGG